AUGUCAACAGUGAAAGCAAUUAACCUGGUGCUGCCUGAAAUUGAGGUGUAUUUGGCCGGCUCCAGCUUAGAUGGCCAACUGGUUCUGCAUCUCAGAAGUACCCUGGUGGAUCCUCUUGUGAAGGUGGAACUUGUGGGAAGAGGUUUCCUGAGGUGGUUUGAGGAGGAUAAUCCUGACCUGGACUACUAUAAGAUUACAGCUUGCACCAAUGAUGCAGUCUAUGUCUUCAAAACUGAGAACUUCCACAUAGAAGAUGGCUGUCUGGAUUCUGGGGUUCACACCUUUGACUUCCAUUUCAACAUUCCUCCAAGUAUUCCUUCUACAUUCACCAGCAAAAUUGGCUGCAUAUCCUACUUUGUUCAAGGGACUUGCUGCAGCCACCAUGUUGUCUUAGCUAAAGAGGAGAGAUGUUUACUGUUGCAAGGAACUGCUGGUAACCACAGAAGUUACGUGGAAGACAAGGCCCCAGUGGUGGUGAAGGCUAGGAAGGAUGUGAUGUAUUUCUGCUGCUUCAGUUAUGGUUCUGUGAUCCUUCAGAUUUCCCUUGAGAAAAGGAUAUUUUGCCCUGGAGAAACCAUUAUCUUCAAGACUGAUAUUUCCAACAGGACAUGUAGAAAUGUCAGGAAGGUUUGUUUUGCUGUACACUGCAUUGUCCUGUAUAGUGGCUUCAGCAGCAGGGGAGAAUUACGUUCUUUGGAAAACAUAAGCGAAGUGACAAAGUUGGAGGUCCUUAGGAAUAUAGCUCCCUCUGAGACCAUGAGAGUCACCAGUGCUCUGGUUCUGCCAAAACCCAUGCCUCUCACCAGCACUCUCAAGGAAAAUAAAAUCAUGGCAUUCAAAUAUGAGCUGGUAGGCACCUCUGACCUUCCUUGGACCACAUCCACUGUCAUAGCCAGGGUGCCCAUCAUCAUAGCGGCCACACUGGAUCAUCUUUCUGUGGAGCAGAACACCAUGACUCUGCAUGAAAAUAAAGGUGUCAUCUCAAAGAAAUGA